UGGUUUUGUUCUGCUCAUCUGCCUCGCGUGGAGGCGAUAUCAUGGCAGUGUGCCCUUGCCGGCGACAAUGCAGCAAGAUGCUGCGUGGACGACGGUUCCCCCACGAACACAGACAGAUUGAGCGCAACGCCAAGAAUGACACCCUUUAGAAUUGGAGUUGCCACACCAGAACUUUAAAAAAAAGAAAAUGAAGAUUAAAUAUGCCGUUGUCUUCGUCUUUAUCGUGGCGUUGGUCAUCAUCGAAAAGGAAAGCAAUAUCAUAUCAAGGAUGUCCGACAAAAUGAUGCAGAGGCAAACGCCGCCGUUGACCACGCAAUCGUCACCGGAUUACAGCAAAACAACCCCAAAAAACUUGACCGCGCUCGACAUGCUGCUGUCUCGAGUCAAUGCUUCCGAAGAGAGUCGCACCAAUCAAACCGAGGAGCGGCGUGAGGAAGAACUUCAAAAUGGUGGCCGUAAGAACAUAUUGCUCAUGGCCACCACAAGAUCAGGUUCUUCCUUCAUGGGCGAAGUCUUUAACCAGCACGGAAAGAACAUGUUCUACCUCUUCGAACCUCUGUGGCAUGUACAAUACACGCCGACCAAGACGUACAACAGCAGUUUCUUGCCGGCAAUUUAUCGGGACGUACUCCAGGGCCUCUUCCUGUGUGACUUUUCUCUUCUGGAGAAGUUCCUCUAUCCCCCACCCCAGGACCAUGUGGCCACGUGGCUGUUCCGCAGAUAUUCCAGUUUGUCACUGUGUGAAGAGCAAGUCUGUACCCCCUUCGUCAAGGAGGUUUUUGAGAGGUUUCGCUGUCCAAAUCAGCAGUGCGGUCCACUCAACCUGACCCUCGCUUCGCAGUUGUGCCUUUCCAAACAAUACCAAGCCAUCAAGACUGUCCGCGUCCAUCAGUUGGAAAUGCUGCGGCCUCUGGUGGAGGACCCUCGGUUGAAUGUCAAAAUAAUCCAGCUGGUCCGUGAUCCGCGUGCCAUAUUAGCAUCACGCAUGGUGGUCUUCUCCACAAAGUACCAGACGUGGAAGUCCUUGGUGCAGGACGGUCAGGUGCCUGAGAAUAACGAAGAGUGGAAGGCGCUACAGGGGAACUGCGACAACAUGAAAAGGUCUGCUGAGCUGGGCCUGAGCCAACCUCGCUGGCUGAGGAAAAGCUACAUGUUGAUGCGCUACGAAGACGUCACUCGCAACCCCAUGGAGAGAGUCGAGGAGAUGUACAGGUUCACGGGGAUUCCGUUCAGCCCCGAAGCCCGCGAGUGGAUCCUGAGGAACACCCAAACCACGCAGAACGCCGACGACUUCUUCUCCACCCAAAGGAACUCGUCGGAGCAGGCGGAGAAAUGGAGAUAUAGCAUUCCUUUCACACUGGCUCAGGCGGUGCAGCGACUGUGCGGACCCACCAUGAAACUGUUUGGCUACAAGUUUGUGGACGAUGCAAAGAUGCUCGUCAAUAAGUCUGUCAGCUUGUGCGAGGACAAGACAUUUCACUAAAUAGCCCCAGGCUGUAGUUGAGAAACACCCGCCUUAAUGUUAGCCCCGCAAUUUGUGGGGGCUUGGUAUUGAGCCCUGUGGCGUAGAAAGUGAUGGAUCACUUUCAUACUUUGU